AUGAAUAAUAAAAAUAAUAUGAAUUAUGAUCAACUAAAUAAUUACCAAAACAAAGGUAAUUACCAAAAUAAAGAUAAUUACCAAAAUAAAGAUAAUUACCAAAAUAAAGAUAAUUACCAAAACAAUAAUGGAAUUAAUAAUUUAAUAAAUUUUAGCAAUCCAAAUCAUGGUAACAUAAAUUCAUAUAAUCAUGAAUUAUUUCAAGUUAGUAAUAAUAGCAUAAGGAAAUAUGGGGAUAAUUUUAUUUCAAAUAACAUAAAUAUUCAUAAUAAAAAUGAUUUUUUUUGUAAUCCACAUAUAAAAAACUACAACUAUGAAAUAAAUGACAAAAUGAGAUAUGGUAAUAACAACAUUGUAGCCAAUUCGGGUUCUAAUAAUAAUGGGCAAAUGCAUGGAGCUUAUGAUUAUAUGACAUCUAAAAAUUUGAACAAUACAAAUACAUUAAUAAAUAGACAAAAUAAUAAUUCUAAUAAUCAAAUUAUGGGUAAUAUGUACAAAAUUAAUAAUGUUAAUGAUGUUGGGGAUAUACAAAAUAUGAGAUAUAUUGGAGAUGUAAAAAAAACACAUAAUUUUAACAGUAUAUUAGAUGUAAACCGUUUUAAUCAUAUAAAUAAAUUAAAUAAUUUAAGGAAUACACAAAACUAUAAUUAUGUUAAUAAUAAUAAUAUGUAUGUUAAUAAUGAAAAUAUAAAUGAUAUUUAUAAUCCUAUGAAAUCUCAAACAAAUCGAAGUCAUUAUGUAAAUAUGAAUACUGGGAACAGUAAUGUUAAUGAUAUAUAUAAUUUUAAUUUAAUUAAAAAUAUGAAUAAUAUAACAAAGUUUAAUAAAAAUAGCCAAAAUGAUGUUAAUAAUAAUAUUUCAUUUAAUAGCCAAAAUAAAAAUAAUUUUAAUAUGAACAGUACAUAUUCUAAUAAUUUACACUCAGUACAUUCAGAUAAUAAACAAAUUCUGGGCCAAUAUAUUCCCAAUUAUCCAAUUAGUAGAACUUCGGAUAUAAAAAAUGUAAAUAUGAAUCGACUCCCCAAUAUAAAUAAUAAUAAUUUAAUUUCCCAUGAAAAACCAAAUGAACAUUUUCGGAAUCAAAAUAAUAACAACAAUAAUUUAAGUGAUAGGCAAAUGGUUAAUGUACACUCUGGUCGAAUUGGUAAAGAUAGCUUGGAUAAUGAAGGUAAUAAUAAAAAUAUAUACAAUAGAGGUCAUAACUAUACAUAUGAAAUUCCAAAAAGUAAUACGAACAUGGUAAGCGGAAUGGACCAAGGAUAUCAUGAUAUAAAUAAUCAAAUCCAUAAUAAAAGAUCCAAAACUGUUAAUGUAAAUAGUACAUUUAAAAAUGAAAUGGUAAAGCCAUAUAAUAUGAACAUGUCAUAUAAUUCUGUUACACACGGCAAUAAUUUUUAUGAACCGACAAGAAAUUUUGUAAAUAAUAAUUAUAAUAUUAAUAAUGUUCCAAUAAACAAUAAUAACAAUGUUAGCCAAUUAAACAAUUAUCAAAAUGGUAUGACAUAUGAUCAAUAUUUUAUGAACAGUUCAGAAUAUGAAAAUGGUACAUAUAAUAUUAACAAUAAUAAUGAACAUUAUUACCACUUACAACACCAACGAAAUCAGCUUAAAUGUCCUAAUAAUACUAUGCUUAAUCAAAGUAUAAUCGAAAAAAUUUUACGAAAUAAUAAACAAACAAUUGAUCAAAAAGUUAAUGAAAAUAUGAACAAGUCAUAUACUAAUUUUUUAAAAAGUGUUAGUACAUCAUAUUUAAUAAAACCCUCACCAAAUCAACAUAAUAUGUAUAAUAACCAAUUUAAUAUUGAUGAAAAUGUAAUUCAUAAUAAUGCAUAUAAUUAUCCAAAUUUGAAUAAUAUAAAUGAUCAAGAAUUUGAAGUAUAUAAUCUUAAACUUUCGAAAACAGUUGAAGAAAAUUAUGAACAGGCAAUACAAAAUGAUGAUGUUCAGGUAAAAAUGGAACAAAGCGAUUAUGGUAAUGCGAGAAUGGAACAAAAUUAUUAUGGCAAUGCAAAAAUGGUAUAUACAAAAACAGAGAGUGUGGGAAGAAAAAAAAAAAAAAAAAAUAUCGAUCCAAAUAAUAUUGAUGAAACAGUAACAGAAAAUACUAAUUUCGAUAUUAAGGAAGUUAAAAAAAAAGGACGAAAAAGAAAGCUUCGUGUCGAUUCAAAAAAUGACGAAAAUGAAAAUGGGGAAUAUAAAAAUGGGGAAUGUAAAAAUGGGGAAAGUAAAAAUGAGGAGAAUAAAAAUGAGGAGAAUAAAAAUGAGGAAAGUAAAAAUGGGGAAUGUAAAAAUGAGGAAAGUAAAAAUGAAGAGAAUAAUGAGGAGAAUAAAAAUGAAGAGAAUAAAAAUGGGGAGAAUAAAAAUGAGGAGAAUAAAAAUGAGGAGAAUAAAAAUGAGGAGAUUAAUGAAGGUGACGAUGACAUCCAAUUUAUUGAUAAGGGAAAUGGCGACGGUGCUGAUAAUAAUAUAGUACAAACCUCUUUAUCAUAUGAAGAGAAUAUGAAAGAUAUAAAAAAUGAAACGGUAAAGAUAUUAAAUAGUGUAGAAAAAAAUGAUAUUGAAAAAACAACUCACGAAAUAUCUUUAUAUUGUAAUAAGUUAAAAAAUGAAGAGAUAAAUUUUAAAAAUAAUUACGAGAAAAUUGGUAUAAAUAAUAUAUUAUCGGUUUUUAAAAAUAAAUUAAAUAAAAUAAAAAUUAAUAAUAAUUCUUUAAAUUGUUAUUCUGAAAUAAAUGUUUUAGUUAAUAAUUUUUUAUAUGUAUUAAGAAUAAUAAAUAGACAUAAAAAAAUAUUAGGAGAUAUUUAUAGUUAUAAUUUUAACAUAAUUAAUGAAGAAAAUAUAAAAAAUUAUUUUGAAAAUCAAUUUUCUUUUAUUAAAUGUUACAAACAAAAUAAUGAAUUAAACGAACAUAUUAAUGACAAAGAUAAUAAAAAAACAAAAAAUUAUGAAAUCAAAAAUGAAUAA